AUGAACGAUAGAUGUGCUUCAUCACGAAUGGAAGUAGCUCGCUUACCUGGUAUAGGCUAUACUUCAUCUAAUGGUAACAAAGAUAUACGAGUGCUAUCGUCUAAUGCUACCAAUAGCACCGAACAGUGGUAUACCGUGGAGCAAUUUGAAAAAGAACAUGUUAUUGAAAUACUCGAAAAACUUGAAUACGGUGAUUUAGAUGAUGAAAUAUGGGGUAAAAUUAUUUUAAUGGAAAAAUGUAAAUGUCUUGCAAAAGCGUAUUUAAGGAAGACAACAGUGAUAAUUGAUGGUAGCAGCGAUGAAUAUGAUGGUAUUACACUUGGCUUUAAUUAUUUUCAAAAUAACGAUUAUAACAAGGACAAAAAUAAUAUUCGACAUAAAAUUGGCGAUGGUGUUAUUAUUAAAAUUGAUAGAAAUGGUAAUAUUAAAGCUAUGGCACGAGAUUUAGCACCAGUAAUUGUGCAAGGAUGGCAUGAUCCAGUAUCAAAAUGUAUUCCCGAUCAACUGAUCAGUCAGGAGGGUCAUCUAAAAACCAUUAAAGAUCGCCUAAAAGGUAUUACUGAUCAACAACGGGUUGAAAAGAUAUUUGAUAUGCGUUUGUUUAAUUUGGCAAUGGAACAUGAAUUAAAACAAUUGGAACCAAAUAUACCCGAACUUUUGCUAAAAACUUGCACACGAAUAGCGCUGGUAAAAGAUGCGGGCAAGAAUGCAUUGAAAACUCCCUGCUGGUUUAUGAUUAUUAAUUUAGUAGCACUGGAUGUAUUACGCAGUAAAUUACCUAUUCUAAAUUUUAUACCUAAGAAACAAUACGAUCACUCUCAAAUUACCACUGAAAUAUUUCCAUCAUAUACAAAACAAUCAUUAUCAUACACCAAUUCUAAUGAUAUAUUAACAACUAUAAAAGAAGGAAAGCAUAACAAGGAUGAAUGGUUUCAAUUGAAGGACUUAUCAAUGUCAUCCAGUGGUUUUAACAGUAUGAAUUUGGUGAAAAAUCCUGAAAAAGUUGAAAAUUGGAGCAAGAAUUCGCUGAAAUUUUUGAAUGAGCAUGAAGAAGAAUUUUUGAAUGGUGAAGAAAUGGACAAUAUUACUUCUUUAAAACACAAAUUAAUGAAAUCAAUGGAUGAUAAACAGUGGUCAAUGAAAGCAGUUAUACCCAAAGAAAUUUGCAGUUCAUCUAUUCAGCGGAACACUUUAAUGUUAAAUUCAAAUUUAUCAUUAAACAAAAGUGACGAUGAAUUGGACAAUUUGUCGAGUAGCGAUGCAUAUCAAAAUGCUCAAUGCACUAAAAUAUAUGAUCAUGAAUAUAACAGAAAUUGGAAAAUGAAUCAGGCAACUGAAAAAUAUUUUCAAAUUGCUAAUAGCAAAUUAGAAGCGCAACAAAGCUAUACAAAAUCAAUUGAGCAAACAAAUACGCCAUCUGAAAUUAUGGAAAUUGCUUCGUAUCCAACGUAUCAAUUAGAUUCUCAGCGAACAUCGUCGUUACAUGAUGGAAUUUAUAAAUUAAAAGGAUCAAAAAUAAACAACCAACAAUUAUGA